AUGUUUGAGCAGCAGUUCCGGAGCAUCAGUAAGAUCGACUUCAUGGAGCGGUACCUCAGCGAGAAGGAAUACCUCAUUAUCAUCAUCAUCAGUCCAAAGUACCAUGAGACUGUGACCUCAUCACCGGUCAGCUUAGAGAACGACGAGAGGAUCCUCAACACAGUCUACAUACACAAACAGCUGCAGAAUGAGUUCAUUCAGAACGGCAGUAAGAACUUCCGGUUCAUCCCUAUCCUGUUUCCUGGGGCCAACAAGUAUCACGUCCCGACGUGGCUCCAGAACACUCAUGUCUACAGCUGGCCUAGGGACAGAGAUGACGUCCUACGUCGACUGAUGAGAAUAGAGAAAUACAACCCUCCUCCUAUCGGGAAGCUACCGACCAUCGUCUCUAUCCCCAUCUAACAGCACAGCGUCCCUACUGGACUGGAGGACAGACAGCAGAUUUAAACCAUAAGGCUUCAGCCACACAAAGACCCAUAAAUAUGGAUUCAAUCAUAAUGUCUGUUUUUGUCUGUCGUAAAUUAAACUCAAGUCAACUAUUUUCGGACAAGUUGCAUCCAUAAAAAGACAGACAAGUUGUGGAUGUUCUUUGAGACCAUCUCUGUGGUCCUUCAGUCAAUCUGUAAUUUUCAGACACAAAAUCUCUGUUUGGCAGUGACCUAACAGUCAGAAUGGACCUCUGCUCUGAAGACAUCCUCACCCUCCAGAUUAGAACCUGUUGCUGAUCUGGGACCAGUGAAAUACUUUACCUGGAUCUUUAUAGGAUCCAACCGGAGACGGAUCUUCUAUGAUUUGUUGUAAACAACUGUUUUAUCUGCUGUGUUGAUCUACAGUCCUAGAACACACAGAAGGACUGAACAUAUGAGGCACAGACCUCAAUCCUCUCUGCUUCAGUCACGGCAGCUUGUGACUGUCUCUGCAUGUUCAGCUGGAUGUGUUUUAACUGUUCUGUGAACUGACUGUAGUCCUGGAACACAGUGUGAUAACCUACAGUUGAUGUUGGAAGUUUACAUACACCUUAGCCAAAUACAUUUAAACUCCGUUUUUCACAAUUCCUGACAUUAA